UGCGCCGCCGUGGCUUCCAGAGCUUGGGGACCGCGACCCGCGCUGUUGGGGAAGACAGGCUCCCACGUCCCACUUCGCGGUUGUCAGGAGGAAAAGCCAGGCUUUCCUCCCAGACACAAGGCAGAGAGUCCAGGGCACAGCUGCCGUGGAGGUUUCUAAGGAGACUCAGACUGGCUUCUUCCCCUGCUCCCAGGAGACUGGAGACAGGUGCUUCCGUGAGCCCCGGCGGUGGACGUUUAUGUGAAAGACUGAGGUUAAAACAUUAAGGAGACACAGACAGACAAGACAGACAGACAGACAGCAACAGAAACAGGGCAAGCGAUAAAGAGAGGCAGAGACCAAGACUGUCAGACAGGUGGAGAGAGACAGAGAGUAAAAGAGACAGAGUCGGUGGGUGGGAGAUGGACUUGGGAAUUUCUUUUAACCCAUUGUGAUUUCCUCUGGGACGGAAGACAGCAACGCUGCUUGCUCCCUGGCCAGCAAGAGGCGCCAACCUGGAUGCGUGAAAGAUGCGGCCCGAUGACAUCAACCCGAGGACUGGGCUGGUGGUGGCCCUGGUCAGUGUCUUCCUGGUCUUUGGCUUCAUGUUCACUGUCUCUGGGAUGAAAGGAGAGACUCUGGGAAACAUCCCCCUCCUGGCCAUCGGGCCAGCCAUCUGCCUGCCAGGCAUCGCGGCCAUUGCCCUGGCCAGGAAAACCGAGGGGUGCACCAAGUGGCCCGAAAACGAGCUGCUCUGGGUCCGAAAGCUGCCCUGCUUCCGGAAACCCAAGGACAAGGAGGUGGCGGAGCUGCUGAGGACCCCUUCGGACCUGGAGUCAGGCAAAGGAAGCUCGGACGCGCUGGCUAAGAAGGCAGGCCUCCGGGGAAAGCUGCCCCCCCAGGGGCAGGCGGAGGUGCCUGUGGCCAGCUCUAUCACUACUCCCACCCCCACGGAAGAAGGAGAAUGCCAGAGCCGGGUCCAGAGCGGGCAGCAGGAGGAGACUUCCAGAUACCUGGACGGCUACUGCGCCUCGGGCAGUUCCCUCACCUACAGUGCCUUGGAUGCCAAGUGCUCGGCCUGGGACAGGUCCGAGUGCCCCGAGCCCGAGGACAGCAUCUUUUUUGUGCCCCAGGACAGUAUCAUCGUUUGCUCCUACAAGCAGAACAGUCCCUAUGACAGAUACUGUUGUUACAUCAACCAGAGCCAAGGCCGGUGGGACCACGAGACGAUAGUCUAGCUUUGCAUACAAGGGUCGCCGUGCUGCUAGAAAAACGACUACGCUCAGCUCUCGACGGAAGGAAACUGCCUGCUCCAACAGCCUUCACACUGUUAGAGGUGGACCGGGUAUGUGUGAGUGUGCACACGUUUGGUGCCUGAGAGCCAUGUAAAUAGGCAUGUUGGGGACACAUUUUAGGGAGGGGUGGUGAGUGUUAAGGACACUGGAAGAGGCAAUGGGUAGGCGAGGAAGAAGUUCCAGUUACUUUUUAACAAUUUAUGUAAACCAUGUUGGAUGUUUUGUAAAUAACCCAACAGGUGCCACUCAGUACUUGCUGAAAGCAAGGCAAAUCUUGAGUGGGCUGCAAAA